CCAGUGACGUCCCCAUUCCCAAGCACCUCCCCGCGCCUCCAUCUUCUGUGUGGGGAAAGGAAAACAAAGCCCCCCGUGUCUGCUGGCAGAGCAUCCCUACUCUUCGCGUCAAACAGCAGCAGAAUUGGCACAAUGGAUGCCUAUCUGCGCCAGCCCUGGAGCACUGUGCAUGCCAUCCCCAUGGUUACUGCCUUUGCUCAGAACUGGGAGAGAGUGGAUAACUUCCAGAGCCGCCCUGAUGACAUCGUGGUGGCCACCUUCCCCAAGUCUGGCACCACAUGGAUCAGCGAGAUCGUGGACAUGAUCCUUCAAGGUGGUGACCCCAAGAAGUGCAAGCGGGAUGCCAUUGUCAACCGGGUGCCCAUGCUGGAGUUUGCUGCCCCCGGGCAGAUGCCAGCAGGCACAGAGCAGCUGGAGGACAUGCCAUCCCCUCGUAUAAUCAAGACUCACAUCCCAGCUGCCAUCUUACCCCAAACCUUCUGGGACAAAGGCUGCAAGAUGAUCUAUGUGGGCCGCAAUGCCAAGGACGUGGCUGUCUCCUACUACCACUUUGACCUGAUGAACCAGCUGCACCCUCACCCAGGGACAUGGGACCAGUACCUGGAGGCUUUCAUGGCCGGCAAAGUGGCCUAUGGUUCUUGGUUCGACCACGUGCGGGGCUACUGGGAGCGCCGGCAGGAGCACCCCAUCCUCUACCUCUUCUAUGAGGACAUGAAGGAGGAUCCCUGCCGGGAGAUUGCCAAGGUGGCCCAGUUCCUGGGGCGGGAGCUGACGGAGGUGGCACUGGAGGCCAUUGCCCGUCACACAUCCUUUGAGGCCAUGCGGGACAAUCCCAGCACCAACUACAGCGUUAUGCCCUCCCAGAUCUUGGACCAGAGGGUCUCCCCCUUCAUGCGCAAAGGCAUCACCGGUGACUGGAAGAACCACUUCACCGUGGCCCAGAGUGCGCACUUUGACCAGUACUAUGCGCAGAAGAUGGCGGGCACCGACCUGUGCUUUCGCACACACAUCUGAGAUUCCUUCUCCUGUCUUAAUUCCACAGCCUUGUAUCAUCCACCCACGCCCACGGGACCACCUGAGCAACACCAUGUGCUCUUUCCUCUUUCUUGGUGCUGCUAGAGAGAAAUAAAGUGUCCUUGCUGAGCCCA